UCUUCACCCAAAUUUCAGGCUGACCGCGACUGCAAAACAUUUCUCAAUUUCUUCUACUGAUUGUUCCGUAAUCUUUGAGCGUUCUCACACGACUUGCGCCUGUCUUUGUCUUUGGACAGACAGUGUCUUACCAGCCUCUCACACAGUUCCCACUCUUAGACCUAAAAGUGCAUCCUCCUCCCAUGACCAGCGCGUCUGCGCCGAACUUUUUUCUCCUCGGAGCAUCCCUUGGGUCACAGUUUGGCUACUUCCUUGCGCCUGCAUGUCCAGAGUUGAUCACCACCUCUUCUGUUACCGCAGGUUACCAUGAGUAGUGGCCCACAAACCCCAAUGACCCCCGAUGGCACAGGCACAGACCGUCCUGAGGAUGACCAACUUGAGACUGAAGAUGAAGGUCAAAAUGACACUACAAUGCAAGAUGGUGAAGAUGGAGGCGAACAACGAACCUUGCAGAAUGGAAAGUCAUACACCAUGUCCGACGAGCCUACAGAUUACAGUAUCUUCUCAAAUCCUCCAGAUCUUGGUCAGAUGAGACAAAGACUUCACGACCUGGAAGAGCCCAUUGAGAUCCCAGCUGCAGACUUCGAGACAUACUUCCCCUUCGUCGAUAAUAUCUGGCGCAAAAUGAGAACUGGCGAACAGCCUGAGACCAGUAUUAGAACCGAGUACUAUGCUUGCCGACUACGUAAGGUUGCCAAUCAGAAACCUCACGUUCCUCGUCCCACACCCGAGGGAAAACAGUCGAGGAAGAAAAGAAUCCGAGAUGACAAGACCUGCUCGAUGACUAUGAAGGUUGUCUAUAAUUCGGGCCCAGUGGAUUCUUGCACAAUUUCGAGAGUUGCCGACGUCUUUCAGAAACACACACACGACCUGGACUACAUCGAUUCUACCAAACGCAACUCUGGCAUCAUGGAUACUGCUCGUCGAGAGGCGGCUCGAGGGUUUUUGCCGGCUUCGAUCUACUGGAAAAUGUGGGAAGAACCUGAGAAGAUGUACGCUGCCGGAGGAAAAUUCAUGAAGGUCUCAGACGUCAGAAAUGUCCAAUAUGCUUGGAGACAGAAUAAUCAGCAGCUGGUGCUCAAGGCACAUACUGGUUUUAAUCCCACUCGCGUUCCGCGGCAGCAUCAUGCCACACCACCAAAGCCACUCCCACCUCCUCCUGCUCAACCUGGUGUUUUUGGUAGACUGGAACCGAGCAACACGGACCUCCCCAGACCUGAUGCCCCUCUAGCGCCCAUGGACACAUUGCAAUAUCCCCAACACGCGAGGUCUUUUCUGGAGCGAUACAUUCCAGAUCAAAAUGCCAUUGCAAAUCGAGCCCGUCCUCACGUUACCCUCACCUGGGCAAGCAGCCUUGACAGUAAGAUCACCCAGGCAGUCGGCACUUCAACCGCCAUUUCUGGUCCAGAAACCAAGGCUAUGACGCACUAUCUCCGAAGUCAGCAUGAUGCCAUUCUCGUUGGAGUCACCACUGCCAUAGUCGAUGAUCCUGCCUUGAAUUGUCGACUCGCCAGUCCCAACGGAUAUGGUGGUCUACCCCGGGAGCAGCAGCCUAGACCUAUCAUCAUCGACCCACAUGCUCGUCUGAUCAUUCGCCCUGAACUCAAGGUCCUGAAAACAGCGUCUGAGGGUCGAGGCAAAGCACCUUGGGUUGUAGUAGCUCCAGGAGCGAUGCUACAUCCUGUGGCUGUUAGCACUUUGAAAGCUCAUGGUGGUGAGUACCUCAUGAUCAACGAUUACAGUCCUCAAGCUGGUGGUUUGAAUUGGGAAGGACUCUUCAAUGUGCUCUACCGCGAGGGCAUCAGGAGUGUGAUGAUAGAAGGUGGUGGAAUCGUCCUUUCCGAACUUUUAAAAGUGCGAUAUUCUCACCUGAUCGAUUCAGUCAUUAUGACCAUCGCACCCACAUUCUUUGGCAAGGGAGGAGUGCCAGUCUCGCCUGAUCCCACGUUUGACUACUCUGGCAGACCUAUUGCGACACGGCUAAGAAAUGUUCGAUGGCAGCCCAUGGGUGAAUCUGACGUUGUCCUCUGUGGUCAGAUGGCGCUGGAUCGACCCGGUAAUGGCAUCUUACCCGGUAUUGAGGAAUUCUCCAGGGCUACGCCGGAUGGGCCGAAUCAACAUCAGAAACAUCCACCAAUCCAAGCUCAACCACCGCCAUCGCAACAGAAUCCACCACCAAACCAGCAGAUUCAGCAGCCGCCACAGCCGGGAGUGCCUCACACUCUUGCGCAACAAGCUCUUCCUCCCCAGCCACAGGGACCUUCACCACAACCCGGCCCGACACCGUCCACCCCAUCCCUAGCCUCACCUGCUCGGUAGACGCUUGAUUAUGACUGCAGGCAUGAGUCUGGAAAGAAUUACAUGUGACGAUGUAGACGCAACGAAUCAACCCACAGAUCUUAACGCACCCAGAGAUACCACAUGUUAACGGCCGAACGGAAAGGCUUUGCGAUUGGGGCUCAGCAAGCAGUAAUAACUCGACGAGUUACGAUUAUCACGAAUGAAAUUAAUAGCACAAAAUGGGAUUCAGCCUUAGACGAUGUUUUGCUAGCGACGGAGCAGGAAAAAAUAUUGGGCUGCGGAAAACGCGGGCAGUAAAAGUUGAUGCAUGAAGAGGAGAUGAUUUUCAGAUUUGCAGGUGAGGACUGGUGUUUGCUCUCGCAAUCUGCCAGCUACCAUUUUGGGAGGAUGGACCAGCUCACCUGAAAUGUUCUUAGACGAUUGCUAGCGUCCUAUGAAGUGGUCUAUCGGGUCGAGGCAUAGAUAUGAGCUGAGCCCUAAAAUCAUGUUAGGGCCUAGAACGCCUCUCUUUUUCUGACAUAUGAGUCUUGUGAGGCUCUCUUUACUGG